AUGACUGAUUUUGGAAAGAUGAGAUACUUUCUUGGGGUUGAAGUAAAACAGUGUGAUAGUGGAAUUUUUAUCUAUCAACAGAAGUAUGCUCAGGAUAUAAUUCUUAUAUUUGGAAUGGAGAAUUGUAACAAAUUGAUUGGAAGUCUUGUGUAUCUACUUGCUACUAGACCAGAUGUUGCAUUCUCUGUGUGUUUAAUAGCAAGGUAUAUGGAGCUGCCUACAAAAAUUCAUUUGAUUACAGCUAAAAGAGUGCUUAGAUACCUUCAAGGCACCUUGAAUCUUGGCAUUUUGUAUACAAAGAGCAAUGACAGUGAGCUCAAAGGUUGGACAGACUCUGAUUAUGCUGGUGACAUAGAUGAUAGAAAGAGUACAUAUGGCUAUGGGUAUAUGUAUGGAAAUGGAGCAGUGUACCGGUCUUCAAAGAAGCAAGCUAUUGUGUCACUUUAUCCACAACUGAAGCUGAAUUUGUAG